CGCUGCAGCAUAACCUGGGCCUUGGCGGAGCCGCGGUCCUGACACUGUACAGGAUGGGCUUCCCCGACUACGCUUCGGUGGCCGGCAGAAGUUAUCAGGUUGGAGCUUUUCCUACCAGUUCAGCAUUUGAUGGAUUUAAGGCAAAUCUUGUCUUUAAAGAGAUUGAGAAGAAGCUUGAAGAGGAAGGAGAACAGUAUGUGAAGAAAAUUGGUGGCGUUUUUGCCUUCAAGGUGAAAGAUGGCCCUGGCGGGAAAGAAGCCACCUGGGUAGUGGAUGUGAAAAACGGCAAAGGCUCCGUAGCUGUUAAUUCAGAUAAGAAGGCUGACUGCACGAUCACCAUGGCUGACACUGACUUACUGGAUUUAAUGACUGGCAAGAUGAAUCCCCAGUCGGCUUUCUUUCAAGGCAAAUUGAAAAUUACUGGCAAUAUGGGUCUGGCCAUGAAGUUACAGAGCCUCCAGCUGCAGCCUGGCAAAGCAAAACUCUGAACACCUUGGAGUCAACUUCUGCAGAACAUUGAGACUUUGUGUACAUACGUGGAUGUAGUGUGGGCAUGUGCACACACACGUGUGCCCACACACAUGCAUGUAUGUCUAUGUCCUUACAAUCCGAAGCUAGUCAGAAAUGGCUUGGCAGUAGUGUGGGCCAGGGGGCAUCACUGGUCUUGGCUUUCUUAAGCCCUGUGUUAACAGAGCUCGACAAUACUACUGUGGCCUUUCUGAAUCACAUAAAACUGUGCAUUGAAAAGUUAAUGGGGUAAUUAUAGUCUGGGUUAAAUUGAGGUACAGGGUACAGCAGCAAAAUCCAAGAAUUCAGUAAACAAAAGAGCUCAUGUGGCUUAUAAAAUACAUUUAAGGAUUAUUCUGCUGAGAUUUCAAUUUUAGAGUUUUCCUUGGGAGAACUGGAUGAAACAAAACACCACUAGCUGGGCAGUAAUUAGUGUUGUGCACUUGAAUACCUAAUCUAUUUUCCUUAAUAUUUUUUAACAUGCUGUAAUGGAACUUGAAUUUUUAAAAAGAACUCAGUUCUUUGUUUUUGUGUAACUGAAAAAGAUCAGGAGCAGGUCAUGGAGAGAGACUUCCGUCACCCCUCUUCCAGUCAAACUCUUUAAGAGGAGGGAGGUUUUCUUCUUGAAAAUCAGUGUGUUAGAUUCUUGAACCGACCAUUAUUCACAAUUAGGUGGGCAGUCAGAUUGCUUUGAGAGGCACGGUAUUUAAUGGAUUGGCUUCAUUUAGCAAACUUUUCAUUUAUUCCUUCCUCAAAACUUCACUAUUUCAUGUAUGUUUCAUUACUUAACCUGAUCUAAUUUUUCUGCUACCUGAAUGUUAAUUAUGCAAUGUUUCUUUUUAAAUUCCUUGUAAUUUACUAAGAUGGGCUAAAAAAUGACUUUGAUCAGAGGUUUAAUAGAAAAGGAAAUUUGCAUUUA